AAAAUAUGCGAAUAAAUUAAAAAAAAAUAAAUAUCAUUUACAGCUAAGGAAAUUAUAACAUUAAAUGAUUUAUUUUAUUUUUUAUAACUGUUCCUAGUAGACAUAUUAUAUAUUUAUAUGUAUAUUUUAUAAAGAUUAAGAUAAAAUGUCUAAAGAGCAAACUGCUGGUAGUAUCAGCAAAAAUAAUUAUCGUGAUAAAAUAUGGAACUACAUGAUGGAUAAUGAUUUAGUUAAUUUUCCUUCUAUUGUUUAUCAUCGCAUACCAAAUUUCAAGGGUGCGGAUGAAGCUGCGAGACGUUUGUCUGAAUUAGAAGAAUUUAAAAAUGCGCGAGUUAUGAAAGUUAAUCCGGAUAAACCACAAGAACCCGUGAGGUUGUCGGCAUUAGAAGCUGGUAAGGAAAUACUAGUACCGAUUCCCAGAUUAAAAACGGGUCUAUUUCUUCAUGUUGUCCCUACGACACCUGCGGGCACAAUAGCGAGCCGCGAUGAUUUAAAAGUCAUGGCAACCCGUCAUGGUAUUCAGGAACAUGGAAAAGCCAUCAGUGUCGAUUCUGAUAUUAAAGUUGAUUUGGUUGUCUUGGGCUCUGUCUGCGUGAGUCGCGAUGGGUAUAGGAUUGGGAAAGGUGAAGGUUUUGCUGAUUUGGAGUUUGCUAUGAUGAUGAGAAUGAACGCGGUUGGUGAUGAGACGGUUGUCGUUACGACUGUUCAUGAUUGCCAGCUGAUUGAUAAAUUUGAAGAUGGGUUAUUUGAAAAGCAUGAUGUGCCUGUUGAUAUUAUUGUCACUCCUACGCAAACUAUUUUUGUUAAUGAAAAAUUAAAGAAACCUGUGGGUAUUUUUUGGGAUAUUUUGACUCCGAGGCGGGUAAAGGCGAUGCAGAUAUUGCAGUUGCUGAAAAAAAUUGAUGAAAAAGAGGGGAAACAAGUUAUUCUAAAAAAAGAAGAUCCUAAUAACGAUAACAUAAAACCAAAACGAUUUGAAAAAAAUUGGAAACGCACGAAAGGAAAAAAAAAUGUUAAGGUUAAAGAGGAGUCAGCAUCAGAAUUAAAGUUAAAAAAUGAUAAUAAUGGGAAUGAUAAUAAUAAUCCUAAGGAAAAUGGCAACGAAAGUGAAGUGAAGCCAGAGAAGAAAGAGAAACUGAAGUAUCCCAGGCGACGUCAGCCUCAAAAAAAUAAAAAAAUAGAAACUGAUGCUCCAAAUGAGACGACAGAAAAAAUAGAAAAGCCAAAAGAUCCAAACGUACGUCGUAAAGCUAUGAAACUAAAGUCAAAGCCUCAUAUUGAUUUUUCAUUAAAAUUAUCAAAUAUUGGUUCCGAUGUACGUGUCAGAGAUUUGAAAAACGCAUUAUCACAACGUGGAGUUAAUCCGACGUUGAUAACAUGGCGCGGGCAACGCGGAUUUUGUUAUCUUCACUUUGGUAAACUCCGAAAUAAAAAUUCCCAGCCGAAUCAACCGGUUCAAGUUGACUCAAUAGUCUCUAAUUUACAACAAUUAUGUGUCGGUGAUGCUAAUAGUAACGGUAAUGGUAGUGGAGGUGAUUCAAAUAUUACCAACGAUAAAUAUAUAAUCGUUGAACCGGCAAAACCUAUUACUAGGAUUGAAACAACUGACGUUACUGCCGUUUAAUUGACUAUUUGGUUCGUUAUUUAUAUUAUUUUGUACGAGAGUCUAUUUUAUAUACGUAUACAUAUAUAUAUAUAAAUACUCAAUUAUUACGUACUCUGCCUACGUGUGAUACUUCAUGUAUUAAUUACGCGUUUUUUUUCUUCUGCUUUAAUUUUUAUAUAUAUUAGGGUGGCCCAAAAAAACCGACUAUUUUUUUUUCGAGUCUCUUAUGAAAAUUUUUUAAUUUAAGAUAUUUUAUUAAAACCCUAACGGACCCAAAUUACGGUAAUCCACCGUAUAAUGUUCAAUUCGGACAUCGAUUUUUUUGGUGGAUCUUUAUCAGUUUUUCACUCAAAUAUAAAAAUCUCUUAAAUAACUAGUCAAGUUUUUUCUUUCCUCAGUCAAAAAGUCAAAGUUGAAUUAUAAUUGAAUUUGUUUUGCCUUUUAAAUCAUAGUUUUCCUUAUAUUUAUUACUAUAUAUUUUAUAACCAGUUGUAUAAAGCCGAUUGGCGUUUGAUAUUAAUAAAUAAAUAAAAACCGAUUCACCGUAAAUUACGGUGAUUUUACCGUAUAAUCCGGUAAUUCACCGCAAAAUACGGUAAUUCGGUAAUCCACCCGAAUUUUUACGGUAGAGUUACCGUAUUCUGCGGUAAAUUUACGGUAAACCCACCGUAAAUCUACCGUAUUCUACUGUAGAUUUACGGUAAAAAUACCGUACAUUUACGGUAAAUCAGGUCUGCUAGGGAAAUGAUCGAAAUUCGUAUUUUUUUCUAAAUUUCUUCUUUUUCGUGGCAGCUAUAGUUUAUAUUUAUGAAAUCAUGACUAUGCUGAAAAUUUAAGCCCAAAAUUAAAAUAUUUAAAAGUCGCUCAAAAAUUUUGAAUGUUUCCGAGUACUGUCUCUUGGACGUUUUCGAGCGACCCUUGAAUAUUAAUAAUAAAGCUUUUUAAUUUUUUCACAAUCACUUUGUAUCAUAAUGAAUAAAAAUACAACCCGAGAAAUAUAAAUAAUAAGUUAUUUACAUACUUUUUUAUUUUUUAAUUCAAUUUUUAGGUUUUUUUGCUUACUCAAAACCUACCCAAUUUUAUUGUUUAAGACUGUCCUGUAUAUUUUCGGUUAUGCAAAAGUUAUAUUUAAGUAAAAUGACAAUAAUUGAGUUAUAAAAAAAUACAAAAACUAAUUCAAAGUGUUAGUUACAUAUUAUCAGUUGAUAUUCAAAAUUCUUGAGCGCCGUUUAAAUAUUUAAAUAUUGGGCUGAAAUUUUCAGCAUAGUCACAUUUUAAAGAUAUAAAAUAUUGCUGCCACGAGGAAGAAAAAAAUU